AUGCCAAAAGACAAUCGUCGACAGACCGACUUGUCUUUGCACACUUUAUGCAACAGAAAGAGCGCAUCGGACUAUGACGAUGACAUGAAGCGUGCUAAAUCUCUGGGGAUUGAUGCAUUUGCUUUGAACAUUGGUGUAGACCCCUAUACUGAUCAACAACUCCAACUGGCAUACGACUCGGCCGCCAACAAUAACAUGAAAGUCUUUCUGUCAUUCGAUUUCAACUGGUGGCACAUUGACCAGGCCACGGCAGUUGGCCAGAAGAUUGCCCAGUAUGCUAGCAAGCCUGCACAACUUCUCGUUGACAACAAGGUGUUCGUUUCAUCCUUCGCCGGGGAUGGAAUAGAUGUUGCGGCAUUGCGAGCUGCAGUUGGAAGAUCGAUCUUUUUCGCACCCAAUUUCCACCCUGCUACUGGGACUGACAUCUCGCCUGUUGAUGGUCUGUUGAAUUGGAUGGCGUGGCCAAACAACGGAAACAACAAAGCUCCAACUCCAGGUCACGAUGUCUCUGUUGCGGACGGAGAUCGAGUAUAUGUCAACGCCCUUGGUGGAAAAGCUUAUAUUGCCCCUGUAUCCCCGUGGUUUUUCACACAUUUCGGACCCGAGGUUUCUUAUAGCAAGAAUUGGAACUUCCCAUCUGAUCUCCUAUGGUUUAACAGAUGGAAUGAGAUCCUGGCGUUGAAACCACGAUUUAUCGAGAUUGUGACAUGGAAUGACUAUGGAGAGUCUCAUUAUAUUGGUCCUUUGAACUCACCACAUACUGACGAUGGAGCGUCAAAAUGGGUCAAUGACAUGCCCCAUGAUGGAUGGCUGGACAUUUCCAAACCAUACAUCGCUGCGUUCAAGGCAGGAGACUCAUCUCCCAACAAUCAUAUCUCAUCUGACGAGUUGGUCUACUGGUAUCGACCCGCACCACGUGGGGUGGACUGUGACUCUACAGAUACUUGCAUGGUACCAGCCAGCAAUGGGAGUGGAAACUACUUCAUGGGUCGUCCGGAUGGCUGGCAGUCCAUGGCCGAUUCUGUCUUCGUUGUGUCAUUACUUAAAUCCCCAGCCACAGUGCAGGUCAACAGCGGCGGGACUGUCUAUAAUUACGACGCACCAGCAGGUGCAAGUGCAAAGGAGGUGCCGAUGGGAGUUGGCGCACAAAGCUUCGCGGUCAGUCGCGAUGGACAAACUAUUCUGUCAGGGACCAGCUUGAAGGAGAUUAUUAACGGUUGCGUGUGUGGCUUGUAUAACUUCAAUGCCUAUGUCGGAACCCUUCCAGCAGGAUUCCACGACCCCCUCCUUCAGGAUGGGCUCUCUGCCUUCAAACAGGGCCUGCGUGAUCAGACAUGUCAACCAACUCCCUCAUUAGGUACAGUGCCUCCAGCUCCUCCAUCUUCAAGUUCGAGUAGUAGCUUCCCAAGUCCUCCCCCAAGUACGACAACACCCCCUGGAAAAUGCUCUGCUACUCCUACCACUGUCGUGGUUACCGUUACAGUCACUCAGCCUCUGACUCCAUCAGGUUCUUCCCCUCCAAGCCCAACUGGCGGUGGAAACGGUGGAGGUGGUGGAGGUGGUGGUAGGACCUGCAUUGCCGGAACAGGAUCCAACAACUACAUUGGGCUUACGGGAGUCCAGUCACGAGUCCGCCGUCAACUGGAGUUCAUGGGGUGCCUCUUGUCGGCGAAGACGAUUCGUAUCUGGGUCUUUGCAGUUUUGCAUGCGAUCAUGGCUAUUGUCCCCCUACGGCCUGCAAAGUAG